AUGGUGGCUCAACGACGUCCCAAAGCACUAAUGCUUGUCAUUCCAUCAAUAAUAAUGGCGUCAAUGAUGAUACUGGCAUCCCUGCCUCUUUGCCACGCCAUUUCACCGUCUGUGGAUGCCUCCGUCUUGGAAGAACUCUUUCCCACCGGUGCCAUUGACGAUGCCCACUGCAGCAGCGAAGAUUUGGAACGCGCCAACGAUUCCCAAUUGAACGCCAUUUUUCGUGAGUUGCAACAAACCAACUUUUUCAAGACCUUUGUCGUCGACCUGGACGCCAAGUGUCCGUUGAGCAAAUGGCGGAAUGGAAAGGACAAGGAGGACGACGAAAUGGAAGAGGAGGAAGAAGAGGAAUUUGAAUGUGAUGGAGGUGCAGAGGAAUUGGGAUUGGACGAGGAAGCGGAACCUCUUUGUACCGUCCAAGGAGGGGCCGACGAGGGUGCCUUUGGGGGCUUUGGAGGUGGAAAUGAUCCCUUUGGAUCCAGUGUCUUGCAAACCUUGGGAGAGCAAGGGUUUUCUUCGGAACCUCAACGAGAGACCUUUGAUUGGAAGCAACAAACCGACAUGGUCGUGGAAGGAGGGGGCACACCCUGUGACGACGAUGAAAACCUACCCGAGACCUUUUGGAUGGACAUGUGUAGCAGUAUUCAAGAGGGCAAGGGCACCAAAAUUGUUGAUUUGGAAUUGAACCCAGAACGGAAUACUGGCUACAAUGGGACACAUAUUUGGAAAUCCAUCUAUGAGGAGAAUUGCAUGACGACUCAGGAUUCUUGCUUGGAAGAGCGAGUUCUGUAUCGAUUGCUCAGUGGACUCCACACGUCAACCACCAUUUCGAUUGCCAAGAACUACUAUCCACCUUCCAAACGAAAGAAUCGGACCGAUUGGGAAUCCAAUCCACGAUAUUUCAUGGAAAAGUUUCAGAACCAUCCGGAAUUCAUUCGCAACAUGCAUUUCUCCUACGUGGUCAUGCUCCGAGCCAUCAAAAAGGCUUCGUCUUACCUCUAUGAUUACGACGUCCAAUCCCGUAACAUCGUGGACGACGAGGCGGCCAAAAUUUUGUUGAAACGACUCAUGGACACGGCCAUUCUGAGAUCCUGCUCCAGCGUCUUUUCCGCAUUUGACGAAUCACUCAUGUUUCAACAACAGGGCAUCAAUCUUCAACAAAACUUCAAGGGAAUCUUCCACAAUGUCUCCAGUAUUCUGGAUUGUGUCCAAUGUCAACAAUGCAAACUUCAUGGAAAAAUGGCAAUGAUGGGGUAUGGGACGGCACUAAAAAUUCUAUUCAUGCCGACCGAACUCGUCAAGAUGGAGCGCAACGAAGUAGUGGCAUUGAUCAAUACUGCGGCGCGACUUUCCGAGAGUUUGGUCGAGGUCCGAGAGUUGACGACCAACUACUGGAAGACGGAACAACAACAAAAGGGCAAAAAUAGACAAUUGGCAGAACAACAGGCGUACGCAAUGGAUGGAGGACCUCCUGUGGAGAGUUUGGAUAUCAUGGAUCGAACAGUAGGAGCCAUUGCCAAUCUUGGACGACAAAAUCUUAUCAGCAUGGCUCGUGAGAACGAACUAGUCAUGCUGGCACUCUCCAAACAUCCCGAAUUAUUGGUGCUGGGAAAACAUUAUGCAAGCGAUCCAGAAAAGUUCCUUGCCUUGAUUUCAUCCAUUGGGCUUGAUUCCGACGAUAGUAGUGAAUCAUCAUUGGCAUCCUCUCCCGAUGCAAUCGUUGUGGGUAGUGGAUUGGCGGGUAUGGCUGCGGCACUCAAUAUUUUGGAUCGUGGCGGCACGGUCAUCAUGGUGGAGAAGGAACACCUGUUGGGCGGUAACUCCAACAAGGCUAGUUCUGGCAUUAAUGGCUGCUGCCCUCAGGGUGACUCGUACAAUGACUCGAUCGAGUCUUUCCGAAACGACACCAUCAAAUCUGCGGGAAGCGUUGCCGAUUUGGAUUUGAUUGGAACACUGGUGGACAAGAGUGAACAAGCCGUCAUGUGGCUCAAGGAACGGGCCAACGUCGACUUGUCACUUCUCGCUCAACUCGGAGGACACUCGCACAAACGAACGCACCGACCUAGCAAUGGAAUGGCUGGAGCUGAGAUAAUAUAUCACUUGCAAAAGGAGCUCCGUGCCUAUGAAAAACAAGGAAAGAUCAAGAUUAUGGUCGACACUCGUGUCAAACAACUUUUGAUGGAGGGUGAUACUGUGAUUGGUGUUGCUUGUGAGUCCACCUUGGAUGGAACAGCGGAGGACAUUCGAGGUGACAAUGUCAUUCUGGCCACUGGUGGAUUUGCAUCCGAUCGCUCCAAGGGAUCGUACUUGGAUCAGCAUCGGUCUGAAUUGAUGUCCUUCCCAGCAACUGCUGGUGGCUUUUCCACCGGAGAUGGAAUCGCGUUGGCUACAGACCUCGGAGCAGCUACCAGAGAUAUGGACAAGAUUCAAAUUCAUCCAACUGGAUGGGUAAAUCCUGAAGAUCCAUCCAACCCCACCAAGGUUCUUGCAGCAGAAUUGAUGCGCGGUGUCGGUGGAAUGCUCUUUGACAAGAAAGGCAAACGGUUCUGCAAUGAACUCGGAACACGUGCCUAUGUUACAGACAAAAUGCUAGAAGCUGACUCGCACUACCUCUCCACUGGGACUUGGAAUCAAAACCACGAAGUCCCAACCUUUUUCUUGGUACUUUCGUCUUCUGCAGCGGAAGACGGCAAGAAACAUGUCGAUCUUUACUCUCACAAGGGCCUUUUGACCAAGGUUGAGGGUAUCGAUGCCCUCGCCAAAAAGAUGAAUGUUUGGAGUUCAACUCUUUCAUAUUCAAUGAGGAGUUAUCAACAGGCAGCCAGUAAGGGCUACGAUGAAUUCGGCAAGACAUCAUUCCGAGGAGUCCCAGAUGCUGAUUUGACAAAAGAAACCUUCUACGUGGGAACAGUGACCCCCGUACUUCACUACUGUAUGGGUGGAAUCAAGAUUGAUACCGAGGGGAAUGUGAUCAAGGAAGACGGCUCCAUCAUCAAAGGAUUGCAUGCUGCUGGCGAAGUUACUGGCGGUGUCCACGGAAACAACCGUCUUGGAGGAAACAGUCUCCUAGAGUGCACUGUCUUUGGUACCAUUGUCGGUCAAAAGGUUCCUGUGAAAAAGGGAACUUCUCUAGUGAAACGGGCCACAACACAGAAUGAGCAAAAGGGCGCGACUGUUGAAUUACCGGAAAUGACCAUGGAAGAGCUGGCAAAGCAUAACACUGAAGAGGAUCUCUGGGUGGCCAUCGAUGGGGUUGUCUAUGACUUCACUGAGUUCGCACAUGAGCACCCAGCAGGAUUCGCUUCCAUCUAUGAUUUAGCUGGGAAGGAUGGCUCGGAAGCCUUUGCGGCCGUUCACAACGCUGGACUGCUGGAAGACUUUGAAGAAGACAAGAAGGCGAUACUGACGAUCACAUAA